UAAGAAACCAAACAAGAUACAACCAGUGUGUAUAGACGUGUCAGGUAGUCUUGAAGGUAACACUAAACAGACUACAACUAUUCUGCGGAAUAUCCGUAAAAUAUUUUGACAUUUUCUGAAAUUUAUGAUGAAAUAUUUAUGAGAAAAUAUUUUCAAAAUAAUCUGGAGUACUGUACCUUAUUUACAAAGAGCUUAAAUAGAAAAUGGACACGUGAUUGUAUGACUGAAUCUGAAAACUCCAUACAAAGUUAAAAAUAUUCUAAUCAGGAAUAAACAGAACAGGCCCCAUAUUCCAACAGAGAUAACAUACCAUGGCAAGGUUUCGCUCAGAACUAAGUGUUCCUAUUAAACGAGACGAGAUGGACUUCCAAGAUAGACAGAUGAAAGUAUGGGAAGAUAUGGAAACGAAGAUGGAGAAAAGGAAAAGAGAAUGGAGUGAUGACUUUGAUCGCAUGAGGGAUGAAUUUUUCACACUUAAACCAGGACUUGCCGAUAGACGCGCUAGUACUAUUGGACUUGAUAAAAUUGGAGCGCUUCGAACGGUAUAUGAAACAGAGGCUGAUGGGCAGCAACGGUUUAAAGUUAGGUUUGAUGUCAGCGAAUUUAAGCCUGAAGAAAUUCAGGUGAAAGUCCAAGAUAAUAAAGUUAUUGUUUACGCCAAACAUGAAGAAAGAAAUAACGCACAGACUGUAAGUAGAGAAUAUAGCCGGCAAGUUGAUAUACCACCAAAUGUUGACCAAGAAAAGCUGCAAUGUGUUUUGAGUAGAGAUGGCAUCCUUACGGUUGACGGUCCUGUGUUCAGUAAUCAGCUUGUUGCCCAGCACCAGGUUUUGCCAAUCCAGCAGGCCGUUCAGCCAGACAGGACGUUACAGCUUGCAACACCAGUCAAAAAUCCUAUCAUUACAGAGCCUGACGGCACGAGGAAACUACGACUAACAGUCGACGCCGGCGAGUUCCGCCCAGAAGAAGUUGUAGUAAAAACAAUGGAAAAGAAACUGGUUGUGCACGCAGAACACGUGGAGAAAACUGCCGGCAAAACACUUCACAAAGAGUUUAAUAAAGAAUACGAGCUACCCGACAGCGUGGAUCAAAGUGCCAUUACUGCUUAUAUUGGAGACGAGGGCAAGUUAAUCAUCGAGGCGCCAAUUAAAAAUCAAGUUAGGAAGUAUUCCGUUACUCAGAGCCAAGAUGUAAGAAAAGUCGUUGUAACGAAAGAGUCAACUGUUACUAUAAAUGAUUCACAAAAUCGCCCAGUGGUCACCAUAAACGUGCAUCCAAGAUAGAUAUCUCAUUCUAAGUAAAUUUACAGCAUUAAUACGGGAAUAAAGACAUACUUAAUAAUUUGUAUAAUCAAGAAAAACAUUGGACAUCACUUAAAAUAUUAUUUAAAAAAAGCUAAUGAAAGGAGGAAAAAAGAUAAUGAUUGAAUUAUCAUAAGUGUAAGGAGUUAAACGUUAAAGGGAGAGAAAUACUGACGGAUCCUAGACAGAAACGAGAGAGCUGUGGUUCAUUUAAAUGCUUUGUAGAUUGAGACAAAUUUAGGAUAAGGAGUAUAGGUAUUAGACUUUGUAUAAAGUAGAAUAUUUCUUAAUUAUUUAUCAAGUAAAAUGGCGUAUACAUGUAUGUCAUAUCUACACGUCUGUGUUCCAAGAAAAAAACAUGUGUGCUUUAAAUGGAAUAAUGUAAAUAUGUGCGCGCUUAUAUUCUGUUAGAUAUGUGUUGGUAUAUCAAUAAUUUUGAAAGGAUAACUUAAGUGGAAAAUGAAUAGAAGUUAGGCAGUUAAUUGUUUUUAAAGAUGAAAGAAAUGUUCAAAUAAAACAGUUACAAAAAUUAAUACUCAAUUGUCUACAGACGAACGGAAUGAGGGUCUGAACGAAAUGGCACUGGAAGCUGGACAAUUAAAGUUUAUUUGAAAAUAUACACUUGUGUUUGACUAAGUGAAAUUGAUCCGUUUAAUUUGACAGCAGUAUUCUUAUCAAAAGAAUUUAAUGAUUAUAAAAUAUGUUUGAUAUCACAUGGAUUACUGUGUUCAACGUGUCACAACCGUUUCCAAGGCAGCGGACAUGAUGCUGUUGUCUAAAUGAUGCUUCACAGAGGUUGUUACUGAGUGAUAUUUCAAUUUAACUUGUUAAGAAGUUUUGUCUGUACAUAUAUUAUGGAAUAUACUAGUUCUCGAUGUAGUUAUCUAGGAUAGUAACAAUGUCAAAGGGAGCUAACUAUACCAGAAUGGAUACAUAAUAUCUACUGGAGUUGUUUAUCAUGAUUCUUUAAAUGAAGGUACUUGACUGGUUGCGUUGUUCUUAACAACAUUUCGUACGUAAUUAAACACAUAUUUUUUAGUAUUUCAUAUGAAACAAAAGUUUUCAGUUGCUCGUGUUUUGUAAAACAUGUUUUUGCCACACAGUGCUUGCUUCUCAACAAUCAAAAGUGCAAGAAUGUGCAUGAUAUUUCCACACCGAAUUGCAAUAAAUAUAUACCUGAAAUGUAGGCGGGGUCAUGUAAGAAUUGUAGAAAUUACCUUCUUCAUGUUUCAUUUUCAUACAUAUAAAGUCACAAGGUAGUUAACAAUCAUUUUGAAAAAAAAAUUCACGUUUAUCAUCUCAUUGCUGUUGUUCGUGCCAAAUGUUUCACACGUGCCAAAUUGUUAUUGUUACAACCGAUAUGCUAUUGUCUACAGAAGUAAAUCUAGAAUUUUAUUGUCUGCAUACAAAUAAAUUGCUGCAAGUUAUCUAUUA